AUCGUAGCGUCAAACAAAAACUAGGAUCUAUGGAAGAAUAUAACGAGGAUGAUAUCGAUAUAGCAACAUAUUUUGAGGAAACUUCUUGCUGUAGCGAGGAUAUAAGUAACAUAUACAGUAAUGCAGAGACAGUAUCUUUAAGGGAUGGAGACUCUUUUAAAAAUUUUGAAGAAGCUGAAGCUCACGUACGGCGUUUUGCUAAACAUAAAGGGUUUAAACACUCAGGUUUAUUUAAACCAAAGGAUAGCGCAAGGCAAAGUACUUCGACCCGUAUAAUGUGUCCAUGCCAUAUUAACCUUUCAUGUCCUUUAAAAGAUAAUCCUGGUUUUCGCAUAAUUGUUACCACCUUUAAUGAUAAUCAUAACCAUGAUUUAUCUUCUAAAGCAAUACAAUUUGAAAAAAAACAGUUUACUGAAAAAAUGCGGCAAGAAGUUGAAUUUCUGGUUACUAAGUGCCAGCUUGGCGCAACUAUGUAUCGACUAUCAAAUAAUGUAAUUAAAAAUGAUGCAUCACAUUUUUAUAACCAGUUGUUGUCAAAACAACAAGAGGAUUCUUGCUAG